UUGUCUCUGUCGCUUUCACAGGUCAGAGUAAUGAGGACUUUGGAGACUACUAACAUCUCUGGGUUUGUGAGUGAGUUCAUUCUCCUGGGCUUCCCCUGCCACAGAGACAUCCAGAUCUUCCUCUUUGUGCUCUUCUCCCUCAUCUACCUUCUGACCCUCCUGGGGAACAUAGCCAUCAUCUAUGCUGUGUGGUCAAACCAGAAUCUCCACACCCCCAUGUACAUCCUCCUGGCCAACUUCUCCUUCCUAGAGAUCUGCUAUGUCAGUUCUGAUGUGCCCAAAAUGUUGGCCAACAUCAUCUCUCAGAACAAGAGCAUCUCCUACUCUGGCUGCCUGCUCCAGUUUUACUUCUUCUUCUCCAUGUGUGCUGCUGAAGGCUUAUUUCUGUCAGUGAUGUCAUUUGAUCGAUUUCUUGCCAUUUGUCGGCCUUUGCACUAUCCCACUAUAAUGACACAUCGCCUAUGUGCUCAGUUAGUGGUCUUCUGCUGGACAGGGGGCUUUCUCUGCCUACUGACUCCUUUGACCUUAAUAUACCAGGUGCCCUUCUGUGGUCCAAACACCAUUGACCACUUUCUCUGUGAUUUGGCACCUUUGCUGGCAUUGUCCUGUGCUCCAGUAUCUGGAAUUACUCUAGUCUGUGGUAUCAUUAGCUCUCUCAUCAUCUUUCUCACAUUUCUGUACAUCCUUGGCACUUACUUCUGUGUUCUAGGUGUGGUGCUACAGAUGCCCUCAGGCUCAGGAAAGCAUAAAGCUUUCUCCACUUGUGCCUCCCACCUUGCUGUGGUGUCUCUGUUCUAUGGUUCAGUCAUGGUGAUGUAUGUUAGCCCAGGUUCAGGGAAGUAUCCUGGCAUGCAGAAAUUUGUGACCUUGUUCUAUGCUUUGGCAACUCCAUUCUUCAAUCCCCUUAUCUACAACUUCCGAAACAAAGAUAUGAAGGAUGCACUAAAGAAAAUUCUGAAUGUAUUAUUGUGA